AUGCUAAAGAUUAAUACAAACCUUCUGAGAGUUUCUAAAGGUAGAUCUAAGAGAUCCACAUCAUCUCGAAAGAAGAGUGAUAGAAAAAGUGCAAGGAUUCAGAACGAUCGGAAAUUUGCAAAGAAUAGUUUUAGAAGUUAUCUUAACUGGCAAGCAGAGGAUGAUAAAGCAGCAGAGAAAUGCAUGAAAUUCUCUGAAGAUUCUAAAUCAAUCGGUUUUCAAAGAAAAGGCAGGAAAUGGAAGGCAGUUUCUCAGUAUAUCCUGGAUAAUGACACUAAGAGGUUCAGAAAUUUCUGAAAAUAGAGUUAAUAGGAAUCGAAAGUUUCAAAAUAGCAGGAAACAAAAUGCAGCUGAAGACUUCUUCAAAGAUAAAAACCUUAAACAAGAGCAUAAGAAACUAGAGAAAAAUAUGUCUAAUAUUCAAAUAAUUCAUAGUAAAAUAAAAGGGUUAGUAAACAGAGGGAACAAAUUUGUCAAUUUCAUGACUAAAUUCUCUGCUAAAAAUCUCAGGACAAAGCCUAUAAAACUCCUGCACUACAACAUGGAGAAAUAAAGGGAAAACCAAAAAUUUCCUUAACUAUAAAGAAAAGAAUGUUCAGACGAAGAGGCACUUCACCAGUAGCAAAUUCAAGCUGAUAGACUCAGAGAACUUGUUGAAGAAAAUUCAGCGAGAUAUUAUCAACCAGGAAAAUACUGAGGAAGAUCUGAAGCCUCUUAUGCUACAGAAGACGUAUAAGCAAUCUAAGCCUAAACAAAACGUUCAUAGUCGCUUGUAUUCAAGGAAUACCAAGAAUUAUAGGAGCUCUAAAAACUCUUUAGGAGCAGCACAGAGAAUCAGUAAGUACGAGAGAUCCCAAAAUCAGAAGAAGAGGUUCUUUAAAAGAGAAUUGAGUGCGAAUCCUGUGAGAAGAAAACAUGCAGAAUCAUGAGUUGACCUCAACGCUGAUAGUUCUUCUAUGCGAUUGAAAGAGAAUACCUCCAAUAGCAAAAAUCAUAAGUCUUGAUUAUCAGAAAGCCGGAAUAACUUUAAUUGAAGCUCAAAUAACUUAAGAGAUCUUGUGAAAGACAAUCCUAUGCUGGGUUAUUUUGUAUCAAAGAAUAAUGAGACUCAGCUUGGAAAAUUUGGGAAUAAAAUGCAUAAUAUGAGCCAACCUAUUUUAGAGAACCCUAAGCCAUUGAAAAAGAGUAGCAGCCGAGUGAGAUCAUGAUAUGUUUCUCGGAAUCAUUCUAUUUCUAACCCUGUUAAGUCUAUUAAAGAUAUAGAAUCUUCCUUGACAUCUGAGGUCAGUAAGAAAUUGAUGAAUAUUCAUGGAUUAAAGCCUCUCAACCCUCUUAAUCCUUUAAGUGAGUCGAGUGAGAAGUCCAGUAAGAAAGACCCCUCACAAAGUCCUUCCAAAACCCCAAUGAAAAAGAAUCGUCCAAAGAAUAAAGCAAAGAAUCGAAAGUCUAGGUGAGGGAGGGUGGCACGAAUGCAGAGGAGCAAUAAUUCUCUGUUGAAGCUUGCUUACAAACGAUUCGUUAUCAAAGAAAUACAUUAA